CUUCAUCCACCACGGUGUGAACGUGUUUAUUUCACAGUUAAAGAAGCCUUAUCAGCAUGCUCGUAAGCGCAGUGCAAAAUAUUUGGUUUCUACUCUUGUCGAUCUGUGUUGUUGCCCAUAACGAGAACCAAUUCGAAGCAACAUUGGGGUGCUUGCAAUACAAUGCGCACCAGGGAUAUAACUUCGCUCAUCCGUACUAUUCGACAGCGGUCUUCAAACACAUUCACAAAACAAGUCAGAAUGUCACAACGAUGCGAAUGGGUGUGCUCGGUAAAAUUGAUUGUAACAUCCGUUUGUCUCCGUUAGAAUAUCCUUACGAUAACACGGAAAUGAACGAAAUAAUACUUUCCGGGUGGUCCAAUACGAAAAAUGCGGUUCGUCGAUAUACUCGAACUCAUCCCAAUAAGUACAAUAACGAAGCCAUCUUGAAGUUCCAAGGAAGCGUGGGAUUGCUGUCGGAGUUCAAACCGCUGAUGUUCACAAUGGAAAUACACCCCAGUGGCGAACUGAAACUCACCAAGGAUGAUGACGUGAAACCUUUUUUUACGUUCCAGGAUGCCAAACUGUCGUUCAGUUACAUAGGAUUUUGUAACUAUGAAGUGCCGCUGAUUUACUUUUACGAUUGUCCCCUAGAGGUGGACCUCAGGGAUUGUAGUGGCAUUGUAUUAAGUUAAUUGUUGAAUAUAUUUUCUGCAACCAAAAGGUAUUAUUUUCCCAAAUCUCUUUGUCAAAGUAAUUCCAUGUGAUGCAUAUCGUGUGAGCGGGAACAGAAAUUUAAUUUGAAUUCACAUAACAGACCAGAACAUAGACGGUUAUUUGAUCCAUGUGUGCUUGUUGAUCGUUAUCGAGACUGAAAAUAUUCAUUCGCACAUGAACUUACGACUGUAGCAUUUGCAUCGGAAGAUAUUCCACAGAGUUAUCCGAUAUGCU